UUAAAUCCUCGCUUGCUUCGUUCCUGCCUUGUUUGGGGACAGUAGGAAGAUGGCGGCGGCCCCGCUGUACUGUGUCUGCCGGCAGCCCUACGAUGUGAGCCGGUUUAUGAUCGAGUGUGACAUCUGUAAGGACUGGUUUCACGGCAGCUGUGUUCAGGUAGAGGAGCAUCAUGCUGUGGAUAUCGAUGUUUACCACUGCCCCAAUUGUGAUGUCAAACACGGACCCUCCCUGAUGAAAAAACGCAACAACUGGCACAGGCAUGACUACACAGAGCCAGAUGAUGGAUCACAACCAGUGCAGGCAGGCACUUCAGUAUUUAUCAAGAAGCUCCAGAACAGAACCUUCCCCAGCGCUGACGAGCUUCUGAUACGAAUGAGGGGUGAGCAGGUGACUCCCCGGUACUUGGAGAGACACGGCUUCAACUACCCGUUGGUGAUCACCGAGAUGGAGGGUCUGGGCCUGAAGCUACCCCCACCCACAUUCUCUGUAAAAGAUGUGGAGCAGUAUGUCGGUGGUGACAAAGUUAUCGAUGUGAUAGACGUGGCGCGGCAGGCAGACAGCAAGAUGAAGCUCAGCGAGUUUAUCAAGUAUUUCACCAAGCCCCAUCGACCUAAGGUCCUCAAUCUCAUAAGCCUGGAGUUCUCAGACACCAAGAUGUCAGAGUUAGUGGAGGUUCCUGACGUGGCCAAGAAGAUGUCCUGGGUAGAAAACUACUGGCCAGAUGAGUCGUUCUUCCCCAAGCCCUUUGUCCAGAAGUAUUGCCUUAUGGGGGUUAAAGACAGCUACACAGACUUCCACAUAGACUUUGGAGGAACCUCAGUCUGGUAUCAUGUUCUCUGGGGAGAGAAGAUCUUCUACUUGAUCAAACCCUCUCCCACCAACCUUGCACUAUAUGAGGCAUGGAGCUCCUCGCCCAAUCAGAGCGAAGUGUUCUUUGGGGACAAAGUGGAAAAGUGCUACAAGUGUGUUGUUCCCCAAGGAACCACCCUGCUCAUCCCUACAGGCUGGAUCCACGCCGUUCUCACCUCUCAGGAUUGCAUGGCAUUUGGAGGGAACUUCCUUCACAACCUCAAUAUUGGCAUGCAGCUCAGGUGUUAUGAAAUGGAGCGUCGUCUAAAAACCCCAGACCUCUUUAAAUUCCCUUACUUUGAGGCCAUCUGUUGGUAUGUGGCUAAAAACCUCUUGGAAAUGCUAAAAGAGCUACGUGAGGACAACUGUCCUCCAUCUACCUACAUAGUGGAUGGAGUCAAGGCAUUAAUCGGUGCUCUGAGGACUUGGCUGAAGAGGGAGGUGACCGAACCGACAAGUGAGGUACCAGAUAAUAUCAGGCCUAACCACCUGAUUAAAGAGCUGACCAAGGAGAUCCGCUAUCUGGAGGAUGAAUCAGUGAGUGGCAGCAAACCGGUGAAAUCUCAGGGAUAUGGAUUGUCUUCUGGAAUGAACGGCUGCCUCACCACUCGCUCUCUGGAGAGGCUGUGUCAAGCCCGGCGAGCCAGAAGAGCCGCCCGGCGGCUGAGGGAGCAGCAGGGACAGGCCCCCAAGUUGCCUUCUAACCUGGACAUCUUGGAACGGCACACCAGGGACGUGCUGAAGCGGCUGGAGGUGGGGCCUCUGGAGGAGGACCCAACGUUUUGUGCCAAGGUUCACGGAAAAUUCAACAAAGUGUCGACUGCAUCAGCAGCAGCUGCUUCUGCUCCAGAGAUGAUGGAGGACAACCACCUACGGCUCAUGAUGGUCAACGGAAGAAUUAUAAGCAGAGAUCUGAGGCGACCAGGAAGCAGUCCUGUAAAGACGCGAAGUGAACAGUCGCCCGUCGGCCACGGCCCACCAAAGAGUUGUGCGGAUGUGAAGUCGGAGCAGACGCAGGACAGUCGAGAGCAGCGCAGCACGGAUGAGAAAGCAACACUUCUCAGGGGUCUGGAGGGGGUGAAGACUGAACUCAGGGAAGACGUCUCAGGACACUCCAGUGUGUCGGACGAAGAGUCGGACAGCGACUCUCCCACAGAACGCAAAGCUUCGUCAUCCUCGUCGUCCUCAUCGUCCUCUUCAGACGACGAUUCAGAGAGUUCCCAGGAUGAAGAGGAGAGGCAGACGGGCUCAGGGCACACCAUCAAGCUAGACCGAUCUAGUCAAAAACUCAGGCACAAACACGAACCACUCAAACGAGAACGUCCUACCUCACCCAGCACAGAAGAGGCCAUUCAGGGGAUGCUGUCCAUGGCUGGUCUGCUGUGCUCCUCAAAGGCGGAGGAGGAACGCUCGCUCCAGGAGUCCUGGUGGUCCAGCCCCAGCCAGCUCUCUCUGCAGGACCAGCAUAGACUGCAGGGGGACAAGAGCCCCAUGGACAGCCAGGGCAACAGCAGCAGUGAGGCCUGGGACAAUCAAGGGCUGCCUAGCCCAGAGACGGACUACCAGUACUGUGACCCCUCCAUGUCCCCACCUCUGCACCCAUCAAAGAGACACGCCCCUAACCCCCCACCCAUCAGCAAUCAGGCCACAAAAGGUAAAAGGCCCAAAAAAGGAAUGGCCACAGCCAAGCAGAGACUGGGCAAGAUCCUGAAGCUCAACAGACACAGUCGUGUCUUUGUGUAACCCUCCCCCACUCCAAAAAAUUAAAGGAGAUGAGUUCGUGUUUACUUGAAGAAGGGAAAAAAAAAACAUUUGUAUAUUUGUUAUCAGACAUUUUUGUAAUCUGGAAACUCCGAGGAAAAAAAAUAACUGUUGCCCGAAGAUAAGUGAACAAAUUGACACGUAAAACGCGCUCACCGUGCAUGCUUAGGAGACAGGGUAUCGGAUUUGAAAGCAAAUGCACGACUCCACAACAAGCACACUAAGAAGAAACAAGUAGAGGAGCGAGGACAAGUCCUCCUCAGACAGUUGGACUGAAGCUUCUGAGGCAUUCGAAUGGGACAGACGUCUGACCAGUCAACAGCAAAAAGUGUUUCUUCCACACAGAAACCACCUGCAUCACAUCUGCAAACAAAUCCUCUCCUGCUUUGACAUUUAUUGCUUCUCUGCAACCCGACGGAGCAGCAGGUGAAGCUGAGCUGCACCUGCUGCAGGGGGCUUCCUGUUCGUUUGGCUCUGAGGUGAGCGAGCAGGAAACGCGGUGCUAAGAAGACGGAAAAAUGGAAAGGCGUUGAACUGACACUUCAAAUGGUGCUUUUAUUGUUUUGUGUGUUUCUCCACUCAUGCUCUUUUCUUCUCCCCCUCCCUUUUAAUCUCAAUCACACCAGCAAUAAUGACUCUGAGGAGAGAGGAGCGGCUGAGAGGCGUUGUCGUGUUGCUCCAAAUCUGCCUCUCUGUGAAUUUGUUUUCAAUAGGAAUCGAGUCGUUGACUUUGAAACGACUCCUGUUUAAUUUAUUUCUCAUUUUCUGUUAUUUUUAUGAAUGAUGUAUUUAUUAAUUGAAAGGUGAUUUUUAUUAUGAAUGGGCCGUGACGCCUCAGCGUUUCAGAUGGUUUCUUCCUUUAUAGGGUUGCUUUUUUAAACUUCAAACUACUUUUUUUGUAAAUGUGGUUGUGUUAGUCUGAGUAGCAGUUCACCUACAGACCCUUUAUUACCUUCCAAUGUCACAAAUCAGUUUCCUUCCCAGUGGACUUGAGCCUGUCUUGAUUCUUGUCUGUUAUGGUUUUUUCUUCCUGUGACUUUGAUCUGUGUGUGAGUACAAACUAUUUUAAGUUACAAAUGUCACAUCCACACCUGAGCAUUCUCAAUUAGUGCCACUUACCUUUAAUUAGCAAAAAAGAGAAAAAUGCGAGUAUCUGAGCCACUGUGGUUAAUCCAAAGUAGUCGAUGUAUUCAGAAGUUGGUGAUGAGGAACUUAAAUGGGAUGAAUGGGUGUUUUUCUUAGUUCUGAAAUACCAGUGCUUAUGUGAAAUGUGUUUUGCUCUGGGUGCGCAGUUCUUCACUCUCAGGGAAUGAUGCCAUGGACAUAACCUCUGAUUAUUCACCAGCCACAUCACGGAUGCAGACGGGAUGUUUUCAGCAUUUGCUCCAAACUUCCCCUCCUGCUUUGGCGAUGCCGAGGUUUGUUUUUCUUUUGAAGUGUUCCAAGUUGCACAAACACACUCUGCUUAAGCAUUUACCAUUGUGUCUUUCAGCCUAACCGGGGUAUGGUAUUGUUCCUUGUCCUAACAAAUUUAGUGUUAUAAAACACCAUGAAGGUGACUAACGAUGAUGACCGAGGUAAACUGCUUGUCAUGUAGCUUUAAGAUCAUUCAAACAGUAAGUGUUGCUCAGGAUGACCUGCACCUAACUGUGUGAUAGACGUUGCCCUGAAGAGGUUUUUUUAAUUAAUAACAAAGUUGGUGUUGAUCACAUUACUAGGCGGAGUUCCUAUUUUUGUUCCUUUCACUAGUUUACUUUUUGAACUAACAAGCUGGCCUGCAGGCCAGGUUUGUUUGGGCUGUAGUAUUCACCUCACAGGAUUCGUCCCUCUUCUCCUUUCUCUGCAUUUGUGGUGUGUGUUGGUUUUUGCAAUGUUUUUUUUCCAGGCUAUUGGCCUAUGAUUUGAAAAAUACAAACACUGGCUAACUGUGACACUGUUGAUGCAUUGCAUUUGUUACUGCAUUUCAAAAAUUGCGUGUAAAUAAAACUAAUGUAAUGAAA